AUGGAGGUAGCAGGGCUGGUCGUCGGCGUCGCUGGCUUGGCCGGCUUGUUCUCAACAUGUCUAGACGCCCUUGACAAGACCCAGCAGUACCGCAACUCUGCCACGGACAUGCACCACCUCGAGACGCAGUUCCAGGCGGAGACGCUGCGCUUCCAGCAGUGGGGUCGCGAUAUUGGGCUCAAACGCGGGGAAACCCUCAAGGAAGGCCACCACAAGGCACUUGAAGAGGAGGACACAAGGAAGACGAUUCAAGAGAUAUUGCAGAUCAUAUAUACAUUGUGUCAGCCUGGAGGGGAAGGCUCAACCCGGCUCAACCGCUCGCUGGGGCAGCACGUAUCCUCGUCAUCACGGAAACAGAGAGUCGCCUGGGCCUUGUGGGGGAAGGGAAAGCGAGAAGAGGAGGUGAAGUUGUUCAAGGAUCUUGUUCAGAAUCUAUACAAUCUGGUUCCUCCUGGCUUGCCAGUCCGUGAUGCCACUGCUGAGCAGGCAUCAAAGGCUACACUAGCCGACCAUCUAAACAAGGCACAUCUGCUGGACGAAGUCAGGCAGUUUAUCGCACGACGAGAUUCAGAGCGAAAAGUGGAACUAAGGCAACAUCUGCAAUCUUGGCUCUUGGGCUCCUAUUCAACAAACAAUAUAUACCACGAGGCUAUUCAGAAACGACUGCAUGGUACUUGCAACUGGCUCACGGGCCGACCUGAGUUUCAAUCAUGGAUUUCAGAAAACACUGAAUCCAGCUUACUUUGGAUAAACGGUCCGGCUGGAUUUGGCAAAACAGUCCUCUGCGCUAGGGUGGUGCAAUACCUGACUGAGACCUUAUCAACACCGGUAGCUCAUUUCUUCUUCUCCUCGGAUUUCGAGAGUCAGGCGGAGCCAUUUGUGGUUAUUCGGUCAUGGAUAUACCAGUUGAUCCUCCAGGAUGAGGGUAUUUUUGAUCUAGUCUACGACGCAUGGCUUGAACUGGUCGAUAAACGGGCAGCUAACCACGUCAUCGAAAAGCUCUUUGAGGAUAUUGUGAGCAGCGCACCGAACUGCGUGCUGGUAUUGGACGGAAUUGAUGAAUGUAAAUCUCUGGAUGAACUUGAACACACGCCGUUCGAAGUGAUGAAAAAGGCUACAAGCAAAUACGGCGUCCGAAUAUUGAUUGUUAGCCGAAACGAACCUGAUAUCCGACAUGCUCUUGAGGAAGACGACGGUGUUCAAUGCUUCAACGAGUACAAAAUAACCACCCAGGAUGUUCGCCAGGACACCGAGUCGUAUUCUCGCAGUAUCGUGGACAAGAAACUUUCCAACAAAGCUGAAGACAUCAAGAACGAUGUGACACAGAGAAUGGCCGCUCGGUGUGACGGCCAGUUUCUCUGGUUAAAGAUGCAGGGUGACAGUCUGAGGCGCGGCAUGAACAGGGUACAGCUCCAGCGAGCUAUCAAUAACACCCCCUCCGGCUUAACACAUAUCUAUGAGCGGAACUGGCAAUCGAUAUCAAGUUAUGAACCCCCGGAAAUGAACAGGGCAUACAGUCUUCUCAGAUGGACUGCAUUUUCCGUCCGUCCUCUCACAGUCGGCGAGAUUACAGAAGCAGUAUUGAUAGAAGAUGACUCUAUUGAAGUUCCAAUCGAAGAGCUUCCUGACGCGUUUGACGACGAUUACAUCAACAGUGAGAUUCUCGAUCUAUGCGGGUCUCUGAUUGAGGUGCGUCAACCGCAACAAGACGCCCCAAAUCAAAACAUGACUGUACAUGUUACACAUUUCUCAGUUAGGCAAUACCUUCUUCAGAAAGCAUGGGGUACUGCACAAGUUUUGGGGGCCAAUGGCCGGCUCCAAGCUUCCAACGAAGUCUUGGAGAACACUUUACUUGCAAAGAGAUGUCUCCAGUACAUCCAGUUUUCUGGGAUGUGGUCAGAAGUGAAACGAGGUAUCGAGUUUUCUCGGAUGGGGUCAUACGUGAAACACAGCUCAACGAAGCUCCCAGGACAGCAGUUUCGAGAAUACGCAUCUGAUGCUUGGUUUACGCACGUGAAGUCAGGAUCCCAAGAGAUAAUCGCUCAUACAGUCAAUGCAUUCCUUGGACCUGAUUCAGAUUCUCUCCGUGGAUGGAUCGCGUGGAUUGAUCAGGAAAUGAUAGACCAAGAGGCAUACGACAAAGGGUCAGGCACUUUGCAUCGAAAGUUGGUUCACAACGUCAAUUCUCUCUGCUACGCUACCUGGAUGGGCCUACAAUUUAGUGUCAUUCAUCUGCUAGAGAGCAAAGAUUAUGAUAUAGAUGGACACGACUGGAUCGGUAGGAGCCCUCUUGCGAUCAGUUGCAGGCUUGGUCAUACUGGAAUAGCACGCAUCUUACUAGACGCAGGGGCCAGCGUGACAACCAAAGAUAUCGAGCACCAAACGCCGUUGCACACAGCAUUACGACACGGCCACAAAGAUAUUGCUCGCAUGUUGGUUAAGCAUGGUGCAGAUUGUAACGCACAAAACCCGGAUGGCUGGACGCCGCUUGGUGCUGCGUCUAAAAGCGGUGACAUAGUUUUGGCCAGGACGAUGAUUGAAAUUGGUGCAGACCUGAACGCCCUGAGCGGGGAUGGUUGGACACCGAUUCUGUUAGCUACAGACUCGGGCCACAUUGAAAUUGUCAGGCUUCUUCUUGGAAAGGGUGCAGACUUAAACUUAACAAACCAGCAUAGAUGGGCGCCAGCACUCGCAGCAACGCUUAAUGGCUAUCUUGAUAUACUCAAGCUGCUCGUAAAAAAUGGUGCGAAUAUCAACAAUCCUAGCUCGUCAGGCCGGUCCUUGGUUAAUGCAGCUACUGAAAACGGAUAUGGCAGUGUUUUGCGGUUUUUGCUUGAUCAGGAAGACGAUAUCCCUCGUUCCAAUCUGAAGGGGUGGGCACCUCUUCACAUUGCUGCAAGAGAUGGGCGUACGGAUAUCAUUCAGUUCCUUCUAGACAAAGGCGCAGAUAUUUCAGUUAGAAACCACGACGGCCACACGCCGCUUUCCAUGGCAGCGAGAAGAGGUCGCCUCAGUGCGGCUCGAGUUCUUGUAUCUAGUGGAGCGAGUGUGGAUGUGAAAGACAAUGCUGGGUGCACGCCGCUGUUUAGGGCUGUCUUUGGAGGCUAUUUUGAUAUCGCCAAUCAUUUGGUCGAGCAGGGGGCAUGUCCACAUAUAAAAGUCGGUCCUGGAUGGACACAGCUGCAUGUGGCUGCUCAAUGUGGCCGCCUCGACGUUGUCAAAUACAUUUUCGAAAAUUGGAACGAGUUGUACGUACAAGAUGAUAGGCUCUUGAUGCCUCUUCACUACGCUUCACUCCUCGGCUAUGUGGAAGUUGCCCAGUACCUAGCUUCUCAGGGUGUGGAUGUGAACGCCAAGGACGUGGACAGCGAAACGCCAUUACACAAAGCUUCGAAGGGCGGUCACUUUGAGGUUGUGAAGGUUCUUGUCGAAAAAGGAGCGUCGGUAAACGUACAAUGCAAUCAGUACUAUACCCCUCUCUCGUUAACGAUAAGACGUGGCCAGCUCAAGAUUGUAAAAUUCUUCUUGGACAACGGGUUUCAUCCGCAUUUACUCAACGACGAGAGAUGCCCAUCGCCUCCUCUUUUCAUGGCGUCUAAACGCGGCAUACUGGAUAUUGCCGAGUACUUACUAAACAAUGGUGCUGUGGUUAAUAUUCGAGGCACCAAGGGCGAUACUUCCACAAUCGCUGCUGCUCGUGGGGGACAUACAAAGUUGUUGCAGUUGUUGAUCAACAAGGGUGCCGACAUAGAAGCUGCAAACCUCGACGGCUGGACUGCACUCGAAGCCGCUUCAAACUGUGGUGAAAACAAAAUAGCGCAAUUAUUGAUUGAUCACGGCACAAAACUUCAUACUAGAAGUUCGAUGGACAUCAACAUCAAGACUUCUAUGGCUAUUGGAAACAACCAGGAAGAUGUUGCGAAAUUACUUCUUGAGAAGAUGGCCGGAGUGAGCCACCAUACUUUGCAUUCGGCGGUAUCUGCUAAAGAUCUUAAUCUCGUCCAGCAACUGGUAGAGAAAGGAGCGGACAUUAAUCUCAAAGAUGAAAACCAACUAACUGCACUUAUGUUAGCUUCACACCAUGGGUAUGUCGAAAUAAUCUUGUAUUUGAUCGACCAAGGUGCGGAUAUUAAUACCUGUUCGUCUGAAACCAAAGUCACGGCCUUACUCAUAGCAGUGAAAGCGGGCUGGCGAAACGUUGUCAGGCUAUUAGUGGAGAAAGGAGCCGACGUUUCUGCUGCAGAUCACUCGGGUUGGACGGUUUUGCACUUUGCCUGCGAGCGCAACUAUCUCACGUUGGCUCGUUUCCUGAUAGCCCAUGGAGCCGAUCCCCUGGCUCGAACAACAGCCGGGUCGACCACUCUUGGGAUAGCCGCAAUAGGAUCAAACCCCGGGUUUGUAGACCUGUUGGUCGGGUGCGGUGUGUGCGUCGCAGAUGGCGAUGCUGGUGGUUUGACACCUCUCCACAAUGCAGCGGGAACCAACAAAGAAUUAGAGUUCGUCCGACAACUUCUUGAGAAGAGAGCAGAUCCUAAUGUCAAAGCAAAUAAUGGUACUCAGCCAAUGUUCUACGCUGCUUUCACUAACUAUCUACCCAAGCUCAGACUCUUGCAUGAAUAUGGGGCAUCAAUAGAGUCCAGAGAUGACGAUGGGUCGACUCCCCUCCACGCUGCUGCCCAAGAGGGCCAUCAUCCCAUAGUUCAAUGGCUCCUAGAAAAUGGAGCAGAUGUUUCUGCCAGCGACGAAAAGCGUCGCACGGCGCUUCACAUAGCCUCGGGGUCAGGCCAUCUCGUUACUAUGAGAGUAUUGAUAAACCGAGGAGCUAACCUUGAUGCUCCUGAUCACGAGGGCGUCACACCCUUGUACUUUGCCGCAGGCCCACACCGCCAUAGACUUACGCUUGUUGACGCUUUACUUAGAGCCGGCGCAGAUCCCAUGGUAGCAGCUGAUGAUGGAAGCACGCCGUUGCAUCAAUGUGCUGCUUGGGAUAAAGGAAGCAGCUUGAAAUUACUGCUAGAUCAUGGAGCAGAUCUCCAUUCAGAGGAUCUUUCAGGUCUAACAGCCCUACACAUGGCCUCGGCGAUCGGCAAUCUGGAUGGUGCCAGAUUCUUGUGCGAAGAGGGUUCAUCGUUGACACAUGCCACCAAGACCGGGCAGACGCCUCUACUUGUGGCGGCCUCUCAUGGCCAGAUAGCCAUUGUCACGCUAUUUAUGGGACGCGGAGCUGAUAUUCAUACAAGGGAUAACGGUGGCUAUGGCUGCUUACAUUUCUCUGCCAGAGCGCACUAUAAUGUGACCAAGUUGUUUCUACAUCUGGGACUAAGCGUUAAUACGCGCGCCAACAACGACGACACACCACUACAUGUCGCGUCAUACGGAGGACACUUGGACAUCGUCAAGCUUCUAAUUUCGAAGGGCGCUGAUGUCAACGCUACACAAUUUUACCAAGAAACCCCCCUUACUGUGGCAGCCGCAAAUGGUCAUAGUAAGAUUGUUAGUCUGCUACUUGAAAAUGGAGCAACAGUUUGA